AUGGCAUCCGCGGCCAAGCGGCGUGUUGCCAUGAUCACUGGUAUCACUGGGCAGGACGGGUCAUACCUUGCGGAGCUGCUUCUCGAGAAGGGCUACGAGGUGCACGGCGUCAUCCGGCGGUCUUCUUCCUUCAACACGGGCCGUAUUGACCGCAUCUACCGCAAUGAACAUCUCACGCUCCACUACGGUGACAUGACAGACGGGACGAUGCUGCACCGCCUCGUUGCGCAGCUGCGGCCCGACGAGGUGUACAACCUUGCCGCACAGUCGCACGUUAAGGUGUCCUUCGACACACCCGAGUACACGGGGCAGACGGACGGCAUUGGUACGCUGAAGCUUCUUGAGUCCAUUCGUGCCAACAACCUGCUGGAGACGUGCCGCUUCUACCAGGCGAGCACCAGCGAGCUCUACGGCAAGGUGCAGGAGGUGCCGCAGACAGAAAAGACACCCUUCUACCCGCGUAGUCCUUACGCUGUGGCGAAGCUCUACGCCUUUUGGAUAACUGUGAAUUACCGUGAGUCCUACGGUUUGUUUGCAUGCAAUGGUAUCCUGUUCAACCACGAGUCCCCACGCCGUGGCGCGACGUUCGUGACGAAGAAGAUUGUGCGUGCUGCGGUGCGCAUCAGGAAAGGCUUGCAGGAGGAGCUGCUCCUCGGAAACGUGAAUGCGCUGCGUGACUGGGGACACGCGAAGGACUACGUGUACGGCAUGUGGCUGAUGCUGCAGGCGAAGAAUCCCGACGACUGGGUGCUGGCGACGGGCGAGCAGCACAGCGUAAAGGAGUUUUGCAACUUGGUCUUUGAGAAGCUUGGCUACACACUGGAGUGGUCCGGCAGUGGCUUGGACGAGGUUGCGUACGACAUGGCGGACCCGAAAAAGGUGCCGCUCAUUCGCGUGGACCCGCGCUACUUCCGCCCUGUGGAGGUGGAGACGCUGCUGGGCAACCCCAGCAAGGCCGAGAAGGACCUUGGCUGGAAGGCCACGUACAGUUUCCAGGAACUGGUGGAUGAAAUGGUGCAGCAGGAGAUCCGUGACAUUGAAACCGGUGUGGAUGCAUGGCGAUGA